ACCCCAGGUAGCGGCGGCCGCGCUGCUUCCCGCCCGCCCGCGCCGUGCGGGGGCGGGAAGGGGGCGUUCCCGCGGCCCGAGCUCCGCGGCCCGCGCCCGUGAUGUCACAAUCGCAGCCAGCCCCGGCGUUCCCGGGUCGGCGUGGGGCUGCGGGCUGCGAGACUGCGAGCGCGGUGGACGCAGGCUCCGGAGUCAUGGCCUGACCCCGGCCCCUCCCCCACCUCGCUGCCCCCGCCCCGAGCCGGGCCCCCUCCCGCCGGGGCUGGAGUACGCGCGGCGGCUCCGAGGGGGCGGCCGCUGGGAAUGGCUGCGCCCCCUUCGGCGCCGGUGCCGCGCUCGCCGUGUUACCUGCGGAGGCCCGCUGCCGGCCCGCAGUGCUCAUGGGGCAUGGAGGAGGGAGCGGCGGCGGGCGCGCGCCGCCGGGAGUCGCCGGGCCCCCUGCGGGCCGCCGCCGUCCCGUACUUCGGAAUCUCUGUGCACCAGGACGACAUUCUGCCCGGAGCCCUGUGCCUCAUUCAGGAGCUGCGACCGCACUGGAAGCCCGAGCAAGUUCGGACCAAGCGCUUCACCGAUGGCAUCACCAACAAGCUGGUGGCUUGCUAUGUGGAGGAGGACAUGCGGGACUGUGUGCUGGUUCGGGUGUAUGGAGAGCGGACGGAAUUGCUGGUGGACCGGGAGAAUGAGGUCAGAAACUUCCAGCUGCUGCGAGCACACGGCUGUGCCCCCAAACUCUACUGUACCUUCCAGAAUGGACUGUGCUAUGAGUACAUGCCGGGCGUGGCCCUGGGGCCUGAGCACAUCCGCGAGCCCCGGCUCUUCAGGCUAAUCGCCUUGGAAAUGGCAAAGAUUCACACCAUCCACACCAACGGCAGCCUGCCCAAGCCCAUCCUCUGGCACAAGAUGCACAAUUAUUUCACCCUUGUGAAGAACGAGAUCAACCCCAGCCUUUCCACAGAUGUCCCUAAGAUAGAGGUGUUGGAGCGCGAGCUGGCCUGGCUGAAGGAGCACCUGUCCCAGUUGGACUCCCCCGUGGUGUUUUGUCACAAUGACCUGCUCUGCAAGAACAUCAUCUAUGACAGCACCAAAGGUCACGUACGGUUCAUCGACUAUGAAUAUGCCGGCUACAACUACCAAGCUUUUGACAUUGGCAAUCAUUUCAAUGAGUUUGCAGGUGUGAAUGAAGUCGAUUACUGCCGGUACCCAGCUCGGGAGACCCAGCUGCAGUGGCUGCGCUACUACCUGCAGGCACAAAAGGGGAUGGCCGUGACCUCUAGGGAGGUGGAGAGGCUCUAUGUGCAAGUCAACAAGUUUGCCCUGGCAUCUCACUUUUUAUGGGCACUCUGGGCCCUCAUCCAGAACCAGUUCUCCACCAUCACCUUUGAUUUCCUCAGCAAAACCUUUCCCCUUGAGGACUUUCUUCAUCCAGGGAAAUACACAAAAAAGUCACUGGAGGCAAGAUCAGGUACGCAGUGAUCCGAUUCAACCAGUACUUCACGGUGAAACCUCAAGUGUCUGCCUUGGAGAUGCCAAAGUGACCAGCUGCCCCCUCACUCCCCUAGCCAUCUCUGACUGGAAGGCUGAUUUUCUAGGGCUUGGUUCUGCUCUGGGGUCCAUACCCUUGGACAAGGUGGGCGAGGGGACAGGUGGGUAUCCUGGGAGAAGACUCCACCAGCCCCCAGCGGGCGCUGCUGUGACCACAUUCUCUCGUUUGGAAGGACUGAUGGACCUUGCUCUGGGGGCCUCUUUGUCUGGCCUGACUUGUGGGAAAGUGCCUGCAGCCAGCUAGAGCUCAGACCACAACCACCCUGAAGUCCAGGGCUCCUGGCCCCAGGCCAGUCUGGGAUCUGGGCUGCCUGGAGGUGUCUUUGACCUUCCUGGCUUGGGGAGGGGGAAGGUGGGAGGGCUCCUUUCUACCUCCAGUGCCCUGAGCCUCCAGCCCAUCUCCCCACAGGCCCCGUAGGGGUGUUGAGCCCAAACCAGCACCAGGCCAGCUCUGACAGAUGGAUGUAAACACCUUGCGGUGGGGAGCCUGACAGUUCCCUAGCAGCUGCCUCAUCUGAGGUCCUUUGUUCCAAGCCCAGUCGAUCAAAUAGCCCCUUCCUAAACCUCAGUCCGACUAGGGCUCCAUGCUCUGGCUUGUGCGGAGGGGCAAGCAGCCAGCAGCCGUGUUCUUCCCCUGGCCUUCCAGGCCCUCACUUCUAAGGACCUGUCUCCCCAAGUCCACCCACUUGGGUUAGACUAGCAGGAUUCUCGAGGGGCCAGGGACCAGGACUCGCCUGGCAUGCGAGAGCCUGGGUAGGAUCUGUCACGAAGGUGCUGACUGAUGUCAUCGUCCCUGACUCAAUGGCCUCCAACUCCUUUCUGCCCUCACAGCCCCUCAGCUUGGGCCUAUGAAGUGAUUCAUUUGUAAAUUAUCUUUGAUUUUCUGCAUUAAAAGGACCAUUUCCGACCGGGA